UAAGUGAUAGUAAUUAAAUAGGAAUAAAUCAGUUCGGAGGCAGUGCGUGUAAUAGUUACUAUAACAAAAGCUAUCGAAGGCGGCAACAGGUGGUUUUGAGUCCCCGAGGAAUACACGUGCUCAGAAACGUGCAAGUGUUGUUUACCUUAGAUUAGUUUAAUUGACUUCAAUUAACCCAAGGAUGAUGCGUAAAGUGCCGUUGAUUGUGAUCCUCGGCUCUACGGGCACUGGCAAAACGAAGCUCUCCCUAGAGCUGGCUGAGCGCUUUGGCGGCGAAAUAAUCAGCGCGGAUUCCAUGCAGGUUUACACCCACCUUGACAUUGCCACCGCUAAGGCCACCAAGGAGGAGCAGACACGGGCGCGACACCACCUGCUGGACGUGACCACUCCGGCGGAACCCUUUACGGUCACCCGUUUUCGAAAUGCUGCCCUGCCUAUCAUUGAGCGCUUGUUAGCUCAGGCCAAGCCCCCCAUUGUGGUGGGCGGGACCAAUUAUUACAUAGAAUCCCUGCUGUGGGAUGUGCUCGUGGAUUCACAAGAGAAGCAAUCGCAGGGCACUUCACUGGCAGAGCUAAAGGAUGGCGAGCUAGAUGCUAUGACUACAGUGGAAUUGCACAAACUCCUGGCGAAGAUCGACACUGGCAGUGCCAAUCGAAUUCAUCCCAACAACCGGCGCAAGAUCCUGCGAGCCAUAGAAGUCUAUCAGGGCACCGGACAGACGUUGACCGACAAACUGGCAGAGCAACGAGGGCAGCCUGGCGGUAAUCGCUUGGGCGGACCCCUGCGCUACCCGCACACCGUUCUUCUGUGGCUCCGCUGCAAUCAGGAGGUUCUUAAUGCCCGUUUAGAUUCUCGCGUGGACGGAAUGCUGGAGCAGGGACUAAUUAAGGAGCUACGGCUCUUUCACAACACCCACCAGGGAAUUACGGUCCAAGCCUAUACCUCGGGUGUCCUGCAGACCAUUGGGUACAAGGAGUUUGUGCCGUACCUCAUGAAAUAUAACCACCAGCAGGAUGAUAAGAUUGAAGAGUAUCUGAGGGAGCACAGCUAUAAACUUCCCAGCCCAGAAGAACUAAAGGAGAAGGAUGGUCUGCCGGAGGGAUUGCAGCUCCUGCGCAACUGCUGCGAUGAGCUGAAGCUGGUCACUCGUCGCUACUCGAAAAAGCAGCUAAAAUGGAUCAACAAUCGCUUUCUGGCUAGCCGAGAUCGCCAAGUGCCUGAUCUCUACGAGUUGGACACCAGUGAUGUCUCUGCUUGGUCGCAGAUCGUGUAUCAGCGGGCCGAAUCCAUCAUAGAGUGUUACCGGAACGGAGAAAUCUGUGAGAUUGAGCCAAUGGCCAAGAGGGAGCAUCCCGGAGCAGACCUAGAUGAAGAAACCAGUCACUUUUGUGCCAUUUGCGAGAGACACUUCGUAGGAGAGUACCAAUGGGGAUUACAUCUCAAGUCCAACAAGCACAAACGUAGAAAUGAUGGCCAGCGCAAGCGGGACCAAAUGAAGAAAGAGAAAAAGGAGGACCAGGGGGAACAGGGUGAGGAGGAGGCUAAGCUCCCGCCCAGCCAAGGCACUGAAACUGAUAAGGCGUUGUAAACCAGACUCUGAAAAAAUAAAUUAACCUACGUAAAUUUGA